CAGCCUGGUAACUGAAGUUUACAAUUUUUCCAAUCGAGUUCUGUUAAUUUAAAAUUUGCAAUAUAUUGCUAUUUUCUACAUCAAAAUUGUUAGUGAUUAAAUAAUUUAUCUCUGUUAUUAAUAAUAACUGUUUUUUAAGUCUAUUAUUAUAGUUUUCAUUCGUGAAUCUUUAAUUUUUCAAUAUGGAACCAGACUUCGAAAGCCACGUUAUGUGGUACUUAUUAGGUUACAGUUUUCUUAUGUUUACUGUUCCUUUCAUUGGAUUUUUUUCUAUGAAAUAUUUUCUUGGGCAAGUUUUAAAUAUCCAAGGAUAUAGAGUUAUAGCUAUAUCCGUUAUUUUUUCUGUUAUUAUUGUACAAUUAAUUAUUUAUAGUUAUGUAAAACAAGMUUUUAAUGAACCUGUCGAUACAGUUGAUGAUAAUAUUGAUGACCAUGAAGAUGAAAAAGAGGUUAACAUUGAAAAAAAGGAUCAAUAGUUAUACAAUUUUUUAUCUUAACUUAUUAUUUUCACCGUUCUUUUAUUUUAGUGAUAAUAUGCUAGUUGUAAAAUUAUUGCACAUAGAUUUUAAGCAUUCCUUAUAAACUUCAUUAUUAUAAUUUAAUUUAACGUACUUUAUUAAGUACUUUAACUCUACUUUCCAAUAUUA